UAGGAGGAGGAGGAGGAGAAGGGGGGGCUGUGACCGUCACCUCUCCCACUCAGGCAUAUUAGGCGAUCAGGACUGUCCUGUGUUGCUAACACAUAUAUGUGCUAAGCCCCGGCUUGUUGCCUAGGAGGAUAUCACAGGCAGGGGAAGACAAAUGGCAGCAUCUGCUCCCUAUGUGGAAUGCUGAGGACUGGAAGAAAGACUAGUUGUUGAGGUACAUUGGACUUUUCACAAUGGGAACAGCGAUGGAAGAAUUAGUGGUGGUAGAGGAUGAUGCCUCAUUGAACCCCUUGUGCUUUGACUGUGGUCAGCAGCACUGGACCAGAGAGAACCACCUUUACAAUUACCUGAAUGAAGUGGAUGAUGACCUGGUAUGCCACAUUUGCCUUCAACCAUUAUUACAGCCGCUGGAUACCCCAUGCGGCCACACGUUCUGCUACAAGUGCCUCAGAAACUUCUUACAGGAGAAGGAUUUUUGUCCGCUGGACCGAAAGCGGCUGACUUUUAAACUGUGCAAGAAAUCCAGUAUCCUGGUGCACAAACUGCUGGACAAGCUUGUUGUCUCUUGCCCGUUUUCCAAUGCUUGCAAGGACACCAUGCAGCGCUGUGAUGUGGAGGCCCAUCUCAAAAACAGAUGUCCAGGAGCAUCUCACAGAAGACAAGUAUUGGACCAGAAAAGAGCCAGCAAGCUGCAAAUAGAGAUUGAAGGAGAAAAUGGCCCUGGUGUGAUCGAUCUCCCAACUGCUGUAUCUCCGGAUGUAGACAAGGCAGGAACAGGACCUGCACUGCUAGAAAGAAAUGUCACACCAACUGUGCUUCCCUUGUGGUCAGAUGACCAGGGCUUUGAUAACCCUGCCUUCGAAGAAAGCACCGUAUCUGACACUAUGCAUCCCCCAGCUAGCUUACCCGAAGGAGAAAUUACUACCAUUGAAAUACACCGAUCCAACCCAUACAUCGAACUGGGGAUCAGCAUCGUCGGCGGUAAUGAGACCCCUUUAAUAAACAUUGUCAUACAGGAAAUAUAUCGGGAUGGCAUCAUUGCCAGGGAUGGGAGACUGCUGGCGGGUGACCAAAUACUUCAAGUGAAUAAUUUUGACAUUAGCAAUGUAUCACAUAACUAUGCCAGGGUGGUCUUGUCCCAGCCAUGUACUGUACUCCAUCUCACCGUGCUCCGAGAGAGGCGCUUUGGAAGCAGAACACAGGCUCAUAUGGAUUGCAACUUGCAGAGAGAAGAAAGCUUCCACGUCACUCUGAAUAAAAGGGGGACCAAUGAGCAGCUGGGCAUCAAACUUGUCCGCAGGACUGAUGAAUCUGGAGUCUUUAUUCUGGAUCUCCUAGAAGGAGGACUGGCAGCUCAGGAUGGGAGACUUCACAGCAAUGACCGCGUCCUGGCAAUCAAUGGACUUGACCUAAAGCAUGGCACCCCAGAGCUAGCCGCUCAGAUUAUUCAGGGCAGCGGAGAACGAGUCCAUUUAACAGUAUCUCGGCCUGUAAAGCAUCCCGCUGGUAACAUAAGCCGAGAGGUCGGCAACAGCCAGUCUCAUCACCAUAUACAGCAAGUGUAUCAUCACAGGCCGAGCGUACACAGGGAUCUUGCCCAAUGUGUAACCUGCCAAGAGAAGCAUAUUACCGUGAAGAAAGCGCCCAUGGAAUCAUUAGGCAUGACAGUGGCGGGCGGAAGAGGGAGUAAAAGUGGAGAGCUACCAAUCUUCGUAACCAGCGUGCAGCCUCACGGAUGUCUUGCGAGAGACAGCAGAAUUAAACGAGGGGACGUUCUGCUGAGUAUAAAUGGUAUUGACCUGACCAACCUGAGCCAUAGCGAAGCAGUGGCCAUGCUGAAAGCCAGUGCUGCUUCCUCUGUCAUUACUCUUAAAGCCCUUGAGGUGGAGGUUCUGGAAGAGCAAACCCAAGUAAAUGAAGAAAUGAGCACAAUCAGUGAAAACGAAUAUGAUGCCAGCUGGUCUCCAUCGUGGGUCAUGUGGCUUGGACUCCCCAGCUAUCUCCACAGGUGCCAUGAUGUAAUCUUGAGAAGAAGCAGUUUGGGCAGCUGGGGCUUUAGCAUAGUUGGAGGUUAUGAGGAGAACCACACAAACCAGCCCUUCUUCAUUAAAACCAUAGUUCUUGGGACACCUGCAUACUAUGAUGGACGCCUUAAGUGUGGAGACAUGAUUGUUGCUGUUAACGGCUUAUCUACUGUUGGCAUGAGCCAUUCUGCUCUGGUCCCAAUGCUGAAGGAACAAAGGAGUAAAGUCACCCUCAGCGUCAUCUCAUGGCCCGGAAGCUUGGUCUAAGUGACUCUCUAUUGUCGUGAUUCUUCUUUUGAGCUAGCUGCUCCUCAUCUCAGCAUUACUGCAAGAUGUUCAGAAAGUGAUAAAUGUGCGUUGUAAGCUCUUUGAAGUUAGUAUCGAGGUGGGAAGGCUUACAUGACGUCCCAGACAUGCUCGCUACAAAGCGCCAUUGCUUUUCUUCCAGCCAUCCAAAAACUCUAUAUUGACAGGCGUCUGUAGAUUGUGCUGGUUAUCAGCUCAUAUACAAUAAAGUUUUGCCAUAGGGGUUAAGUAAAGCCAAUGAGUACAUGUUUUUGGGGUUUUCUUUUGUGCCACAGUUAGUGUUUUGAUGGCCCUCGCUACAUUGUCAGUAAUGAAACCUGCUCCACCAUCUUAAUAUUCUCUGUUAACGAAAACCGUACCCCCUCUGCAUUUCUUUUUAGACUUUUGUGCUGCUGCGGGAAUUUUUAUUGGUUUACCUCAUGGGGACAUUGCCAAUAAUGUGAGUUCUAUAAAAAUGAUAUUCAUCUGCCUGUGGCGGCUCUGAGAAAUCUACAAAAAAAAAUGGGGGCCAAAGCUAAAACUUGGAUAUAUGGGUUUUGUACUGUGCAAUAAUUGAUUUCUCUCUUCUCUUUUUUGGUAAAAAAAUUUAAAACACAAUGUAUCCUGUACAAUGGACAAGGGGAUUCCUCUCAAGGUUUACCUUCCUGAUAAUGAAUGUGCUUUUUUGUUAGUAUGAAGAAACUUUUGAUAUUUUUACUGCAAUAUUUCUAUUUGGAUGUGCUUGUGUCUGUGGACUUUUUACAAGGUUGGACAUGAAGGCAACUUGUUGAACUCAUAUUGCUUCAAUCGAGAGUGGGAAUCCUUGGGUGUCCCUACCUAUUGCUACCAGAUAAUAAAAGAUGUGCAAUUUCUGUGAUGAUUAUUAUGGGAGAAGAUACUAUCUGUGUGACAUGCAUUUCAAUGUGGAGGUUGUUUUUUUUAUCAGAACAGGGUGCGCUUGUUGGCUUUAUACAGUAUACGUGACCAUUUUGUGGGUUAAAUAAUUUUUGGAUGAGAUUAAAGCCUAAGGCUAGGGCUACACGGCGACUCAUGCUGUGAUCCCAUUCAUUUCUAUGGGAUCACCGCUACUCUGCGAUCCUGGCCGUGGCAGCCCUAGCCUAAAUCUGAUAUUCCUUCUGACUUCUCCUCACCCCAGUGGCGAGAGGUUAGUAAGUCACUGGCAGACACCCCGGACAGUAGGUUAUCUCAAAGGAGCGGACAUAUGGAAAUACUACAUACCUGGUCCUUCUUUUCCUUAACAUCUUCUAUCAGGGGAGAAUUGGUGCCCCACCAUGCAAACAAGAUAGUCAGCCAGUUCUGCUGAAAUUGGUGGGUUUGACCAACUCUACUUUUAUUUGUUUGGGUACCUUAAAGGGAUUGUCCAUUCUUUUUCCAACUGUACCUGUGGAAAAAUCCAUUCUUACCUGCUCUCCGCCUCUCCAUUCCAGUUCCCAGCUGUCAUCUCUGAUCUUCCGGUUCCUGUCUGUCAACGUCCACAUGGAUGGUGUCAUGGGUGCCACUACAACCAAUGACCCAGUAGUGACAUGCCAUUUGAUGACUCCGGACCACUGAGGCUAGUCAUUGGCCCCAACGGCACACAUCACCCUGUCUGUGUGUAAGUUGACAGGAAAGGACCAGAAGAUGGGAAGAGUUAGGGAGGCUUACCUCCAGCAAUACAGAGCA